AUGAAUCUUCAUCUACCAAGCCACAUUCGUGAUCCAGAUGCACCACCGGACCAUCUGAAAGGAAAAUCAAGAUCGAAUUGGAUUAGAAAUGCGAGGAAAGAAAAACAAAAUUAUUUAUAUGGACGACAAUAUCCAGCGUUUCAAGUGCCUUCAUCAUAUUAUCGAACAUUUCACAUACAUCGAUUUGUAUCACCGAACACAUUGACAUUUCUUAUUGAUCAUGUAAAUCGAUGUAGAAGAUUCAGCAUCGAUACUGAAUCAGAAUGUAGCACGAAUGCAAUUGCACUUGUUCAAAUAAAUACGGUACCUAAGACAUUGCCUGGAUUUGUUAUACUAGUAGAACUCAACCACUUGCCACACAUUGAUACACAAUUAUUCGAACAAAUACGUGUAUUAUUUAAAUCAUUAUUUAAAUCCAACAACGAAGUAUAUGGUUGGGGCUCUCUAGCACAAGAGCUAGAGAAAGCCCUUCCUUUUCGUUUGUUUUCUUUCCCUUUAGCAUGUGAAUACAUAAAUGUACAGAACACAUUCAAGGGAUGGAUAGAGAGGAACCCGCCUCCUUGUGAGGAUUGCGGUUCCGAUGGAAUGGACAUCCUUCAUCGAUGUCAAUGCAAUUGGUUACCACAUAUAGGAACGGAUGAGGUGUGGUCUAUUCAAAAUGCGAUUAGAUAUACACGUCGAUUAUUUCUGGAUAAAUCCCAUACUAGGUCAAACUGGAGUAGAUUGUUAGAUCCGAUUCACUCGAAUAUUAAUCCAACAAAAUUAAAUGCAUUAUUACGUUAUGCGACAUAUGAUACCCUUGCCGUGUCGUAUUUUAUUCGUCCAAUCCGCGAAAACUGGACAUAUGAAAAAUUUCGCACAACAUCCAUGGAAGAUCUUUUAACCGAUACAUCAUUGGAAACAUUUGCCGCAUUUCGGGACGAAGUAUCGGACGAUGAUUCAUCACCUGAAUUUAUGGAAGAUUCUCAUCACCGAGAACGUAUACCAUCGGAACUAAACCAUUUUCAAGAAACAGAAAUAAUCGCUGCAGACGAUAUUCUGGUCAAUGAGAUCAAUAGUCAGAUGGAAGGAGUUGAUGACCAUAAUUUGGUUAUCGACGAGGUGGAGGAGAUUGAUGACCACGUUGUGAUCGUCGAUGAAGUGGAAAAACCACCUAUGGAACAUCGUCGAAUUAAGAACAGUCGAUCGGUCGAAAGCAAGAAAAGGAAGAACAAGAAGAGGAACAUCGGCCUGCGAAAACUUCGAUACAAGCACAUCAUUGUCCGACAAUACUACUACAAGUUCACAUCGAAGAUGAUGCGUAGAGUAUUGAACUAUUAUGGUGUUCAGAUCCGCCAUUUCAAGUUCAAAGAUGAUCAAGUGAUUAUCGGCCUCAAGAACAAAGAAGACCGAAAUCGUUACGAACGAAGUCUACCUUCGUAUUGCUUCGAUAUGAAAAAUUACCGCCGAUUCAAGUAA